CAUGGAAAACCCAAAAUAGUACAAAGAGAGAAUCAUCAUUCAAACAACACCGAGUUUCCCACAUUCAUGGGUUUUCCAACUAGCAUCAAUCACUUUUUUCUGCUCAUACUUUCCAGCUUCUGUUUAGGUGUAAGCUCUGUGAAUGAUACCAUCACAUCAACCAGCUUCAUCAGGGACUCUGACUCUCAGACUAUAAGCUCAAGCAACGGUGACUUCAAGCUUGGAUUUUUCAGCCCUGGAAACUCCACACAUCGCUAUGUUGCAAUCUGGUAUCUCUCUCAAACCUACAUCAUAUGGGUAGGAAAUAGAGAUCAACCACUGAAUGAUUCAUCUGGGGUGUUCAAAAUUCACAAGGAUGGGAAUCUUGUGGUACUGAAUGGACAAAAUAGUGUGAUAUGGUCAACAAAUAUAUCAGUUAAUGCUACCAACACUACUGCUCAACUUGACAAUUCAGGAAAUCUGAUCCUGCGUGGUGACUCAAGUUUAACACCAUUGUGGGACAGUUUCACACACCCUGCUGAUAUUGCUGUGCCAAAUAUGAAAAUUGCGACCAAUAGGAUCACUGGUGAGAAAAUUCAGUAUGUGUCAUGGAAAAGCAGUUCUGAUCCUUCAUCUGGGUACUUCACUGGGAGCCUUGAUAGGUUGGAUACACCAGAAGUGUUUUUCUGGUACAACAAAACAAAGCCAUAUUGGAGAACUGGUCCAUGGAAUGGAAGAGUUUUCCUUGGUUCACCAAGAAUGUUAACUGAGUACUUAUAUGGAUGGCGUUUUGAGCCUAAUGAUAAUGGAACUGCAUAUCUAACCUACAACUUUGAAAAACCUGCAAUGUUUGGAAUCCUUACCAUAACCCCACAUGGCACACUGAAAUUGGUAGAGUUUUUGAACAGAACCAAGUUUCUGGAACUUGAGGUGGAUCAAAAUGAAUGUGACUUUUAUGGGAAGUGUGGACCCUUUGGAAGCUGUGAUAACUCCACAUCACCAAUUUGCAGCUGUUUAGAGGGGUUUGAGCCAAGCAAGCCAGAGGAAUGGAACAGCAGAAAUUGGACAAGUGGGUGUGUGAGGACUGUGCCACUGAAUUGUACCCAGUUGAGAAAUGAGAGUGAAGUUCAAGGAGAUGAUGGUUUUUUGCAGAAGAAUAAUAUGAAAGUGCCUGACUUUGCGGAAAGAUCAGAUGGAAACCAAGACAAAUGUGGUGCAGAUUGCUUGGCAAAUUGCUCUUGCUUGGCUUAUGCAUAUGAUUCUUCUAUUGGUUGUAUGUAUUGGAGCAGAGAAUUGAUUGAUCUGCAGAAAUUUCCUUAUGGAGGGGUUGAUCUCUUCAUUCGUGUGCCAUCACAACUUCUACCUAGAAGUAGUGAUAAAAAGAGAAAAGAAAACAAGGGAUUAAUAAUAAUCGGUAUUAUGACUGCAAUUGGAGCAUUAGCAACUGCAAUCGGUGCUUAUUUUUUGUGGCGGAAAUUUGCUCCUAACCAUACAGGAAGUGUCCCUCAAGAUGUGAUUACCGGAAAUAAAAAGGAAAUUACUAAAUUGGAAGAGUUGCCCCUGUUUAAGUUUGAAAAGCUUUCAAAUGCUACAAACAAUUUUCACUUCGGUAAUAUGCUUGGAAAGGGAGGUUUUGGUCCUGUAUACAAGGGACAAUUGGAAAACGGACAAGAAAUUGCUGUAAAAAGACUUUCAAAAACAUCUGGACAAGGAUUGGAAGAAUUCAUGAAUGAAGUGGUAGUGAUUUCUAAACUUCAACAUCGAAAUCUAGUAAGACUUCUUGGAUGUUGCAUAGAAGGAGACGAACCAAUGUUGGUCUAUGAGUUUAUGCCAAAUAAAAGUUUGGAUUCAUUUCUCUUUGAUCCACUCCAAAGGAAGUGUUUAGAUUGGAAAAAGCGCUUCAACAUAAUUGAAGGAAUUGCACGAGGAAUACUUUAUCUUCAUAGAGAUUCAAGAUUAAGAAUUAUACACAGAGAUCUUAAAGCAAGCAACAUUUUACUGGACAAUGAUAUGAAUCCAAAAAUAUCAGACUUUGGUUUAGCAAGAAUUGUUAGAGGAGGAGAUGACGACGAAGCUAACACAAAACGAGUUGUUGGAACUUAUGGCUAUAUGCCACCUGAAUAUGCAAUGGAGGGACUUUUCUCCGAAAAAUCAGAUGUGUAUAGCUUUGGAGUAUUAUUACUAGAGAUUGUAAGUGGACGAAGAAAUACUAGUUUUCAUAAUGAUGAACAAUCACUCAGUCUUGUUGGAUUUGCAUGGAGACUAUGGAACGAAGGAAACAUUAUCACUAUAAUAGAUCCAGAAAUAUGGGAUCCAAUGUUUGAAAAAAGUAUGUUGAAGUGCAUACACAUAGGACUUUUAUGUGUGCAAGAACUUACAAAAGAAAGACCAUCUAUAUCAACUGUGGUUUUAAUGCUUAUAAGUGAAAUUACACAUCUUCCUCCUCCAAGACAAGUUGCUUUUGUUCAAAAACAAAAUUGUCAGAGUUCAGAGUCUUCUCAGAAAAGUCAAUUUAACUCAAACAACAAUGUAACUCUUAGUGAAAUUCAAGGUAGAUAAU